AUGGAAACAAAAAAUGUAAACCUUCCUGAAGACACUACCAGUUACUAUAAGAAUGACGAAGAAGAAAAUGAACUCGACGAACUUGAUUUCAUGACUGAGCUUGAAAAAUUACGUCCUUUGAUGGAAGGGAAGAUCAUUAACACAGAAGGUGACAUUGUAAAUGUGGAAAUAGAAGAAGAAAACGAGGGAAAGGAAGAAAACAAUGGGGAGGUCGAAGAAGAGUACGAAUUGGAUAAUCUUGACUUUAUGGCGGAGCUUGAAAAGUUACGUCCAUUAAUGGAUGGGAAGAUUAUCAGUUUGGAUGGUGAUAUUAUAGAUAUAUCUAAUAAAUAA